ACUUACUCACCCCUGUACGGAGCUAGCGAAUCGGAAAAAGGAAACGACGUUAACCGUAAGACUUAUGCGCAUGCGCUCUGCCAUGAGACUUUAGUGAAUUUCCCAUCACUGCUGUGGAGUUUUCAGACACGAUUAUUUUGUCUUCUAGUCUUGGAAAAGAGCAUGUUAGGUUUAAAAUAACUUUUGUUCUCAUUUUUUCUUCCCAAAUGCAAUUAGCCAGUUCCAUCCAGCAUGUCACUGCUGCCUGCCAUUGUUUGGCUUGUGUAAUAAAGCAAGCUGUCCCUCCUAUGUGGUCCAGUUGCAGCUGCUGGUCCCAAGUGGAGAGGCAUGCGUAUGGAAGCGCUCCGCAGUGUCCUGGCAGAUUUGAAGUUUCUGGGUUCAGGACCCAUUGCUGAGCCUGACCCGGAGGAACUGUGCUCUUUCACUGACGUGCACGGCUCCCUGAGGUUCCUGCUGUCCUUUCAGGUCAAAGAUGCCACAUCCUUCACUCCUGAGUGGCUAACGCGUGUCCAAGCCUUCCUGCACACUUUCAGUCUGGCCAACGCAGAGACCAGAGUGCACCUGAGAUGCAAAGCCCCUCUGCAGACCAUCCGGCAACAAUUCAGAGCGACCUUCACGAGGAAAGUGAAAGUAGCAGAGCAGCUGUCACUGACGCUGGACGUCACCUGCACUUCACCUGCCAACAAGGCGGGGGCCACGAGGGGGGUCUGGUGUCACGGCGGCCACCCUGUCUCGGGCAGCGGGUCGCCCCUCCGCAUUCCACCCGAGGUCAUGGACCGCGGCCUGUACGGCGAGCUGAGCGUGCGGCUGGUCACUCUGCUGUCCCCCUGUCUGCUGCAGUACCCCAAUGUGGAGGCCCCGCUCAGCCACGUAGAAGUGCUGGUGUACGGCCCCGCCAAUGUUCCCAUCACAUUCCCACUGGCCUUCCUCCAAAACCUUCCCGCUCAUUUGGACUGCCGGCAAGCAGGCCUGCCUGUCCUCAGCAGGCCCGCCUCCACAGGUCCAUCACGUGAUGGAAGGGUUGUGUACUCCGUGGAGCAACAAACCUGUCGGGCACGGGAGGGCAGAUUCCAUCUGCACGCCGUAGACCAGAAACUGGUGGUCUUCCUGUUCCUGCAGCACGCUGACCCCUUUGCCUCGCAUCUGUCUGACUUCAUGGACACAGAGAUCCUGCUUGAGCGCCACCUGGAGGACAUUCUCAACUACAACAGGAGGGCGGUCACUACCAUGCUGCAGGAGGAAUUAAGAAACACGCUGAAGGCUCAGCAGCACAGAAGGAAGGACGGGGAGAAGCUGCGUUCAGCCACUGAGGUCAUUGUCAGCUCCACCAUCAGCAUCAUCAGCUGCAGCACCAACCUGGACUUCAGGAGAGCCUGCAUGAAUCACAUGCAGGUCCAGGACACUCACCAGCUGUCGGCCUGUCUCCGUGAAGCCUUGCUGAGGGUGUCAGCAUGGAGGUGUGUCCCAAAGAGCAAGUGCUACUCUGCUGAGGUGGAGGAACACGUGGAGGAACACGUGGAGGAACACGUGGAGGAACAUGUGGAAAAGGAGCAGGCCGCCAGAAGAGAAACCUGAUCAUUGCUGUGUUGCUCCACGCUUGAAGGAAACGGGAUUCAUGUUAGGUUUUUUCCCCUUAC